GGCUGGAAAAAUUGAAGAGGCACUCACCUUUGCGCAGACACAGAUUUCCGAAGCAGGCGAAAGUAACCCGGAGGUGUUGAACGAGUUGGAGCGAACUCUUGCACUGUUGGCUUUCGAGAAGCCCCAAAACAGCCCAUUUGCCGAUCUACUCGAUCAAACGCACCGACAGAAGGUGGCCAGUGAACUUAACGCAGCUAUCCUCAAGAUGGAACACCAGGAACAGUCGAGUCCACGGAUGAUUAACGUGCUUAAGCUGAUCCUUUGGGCUCAAGCCGAACUUGACAAGAAGAAUGUGAAGUAUCCGAAAAUGAUCGAUCUAGCGACGGCUACUAUUGAUCCUAAAUAA